UUUAUUGGAGGAAUUGCUAUCGAACAGGAAAAAUUGGGAAUGUUUUGGUCAAAAAUUAUGUCUGAUCAUUCGAUCCAGCCUGAUUGGGAUGGUGAAUAUGAGUUCCUAAAAAAUGUACGUAUUAACGGUAUUUAUGAUAUAAAUAUACAGGUGCGGCUAAUUCGCGCAACACACAGCCGGCCGACCUUGCUGAGCUACAAGUACGCAUGCGUUUAA